CUGAAAGACGGCACUGACUGGCAUCACUGCUGGGCACUGACUGGCGGCACUGACUGGCACAACCCCUGGGCACUGACUGGUGGCACUGACUGGCAGCACUGCUGGGCGGCACUGGUGGGUGGCACUGGUGGGCAGCACUGGUGGGUGGGCACAGGUGGGUGGCACUGGUGGGCACAGGUGGGCGGAACUUGCGGGUGGCACUGCUGGGCACCGAUCAUUAGGGCACUGAUCAUCAGUGCCCUGAUGAUCGGUGCCGAUCCCCGCUCUGACAACUGCCGGUUCUCGGCAGUACUUUCCUCACGAUCUGACAGCGUGAGGAAAGUGCAGCUGAGAACCGGCACUUGC